AUGUUGUAUUUUUUCAUUCAUUACGAACAAAAUUUUAUCAAGAGAAAUUUUUUUCUUUCAUUUCUCCUUUCUUUCCUUUUAUUAAGUGUCAUUUUAAAUUUUUUUGUCCCACUUUUAAUAUUCUUUCUUUGUCAACUUUUUUUUCUUUCUUUCUUUCUUUCUUUCUUUCUUUCUUUUCUUUUCUUUCUUUCUUUAAUUUUUUGUCCUUCCACCGGUAUUUUUUUAGGGCCUUUUUUUUUCUUUCUUUUGUUGUUGUUAUUUGUGAUUCUUAAUCGUAUUUUUUUCUUUCUUUCCCUUCCUUCCUUCCUUCCUUCCUUCCUUUCUUUCUGUCAAUUUAAUUUUUUUUGUCCCACUGUACUUAAUAUUCUUUCUGGCCUUGUCAAGUUUCUUUCUUUCUUUCUUUCUUUCUUUCUUUCUUUCUUUCUUUUCUUUCUUUCUUUCGUACCAUUUUUUGUCCUUCUUCACUUCUUAUUCUCUUUAAUCUUGUGUAGGUUCAUUCUUUCUUUCUUCAGGGCAGUUUUUUUCUUUCUUUUGUUUUUCUUUCUUUCGUUCUUCCUUCCUUCCUUCCUUCCUUCCUUCCUUCCUUCCUUUCUUUCUUUCUUUCUUUCGUUUCCACCCUUAUUUUUUUUAGCAAUUUUUCUUUCAUUUUUCUCCUUCUUUACUUCUUUUUUUCAAUCAUCUUGUGUAAUUUCUUUCUUUCUUUCUUUCUUUCUUUCUUUCUUUCUUUCUUUCUUUCUUUCUUUCAGCUGUUUAUUCGUUCCAUUGUGUUAUCUAUCUAUCAUCUAUCUAUCUAUCUAUCUAUCUAUCUAUCUAUCUAUCAAAGAAAUGGAGGCAAACACAGAUAUAUGA